AUGGAGACGCCCGAGACCCCGGAGGUCGAAGCCGAGGAGCCCUCACCCAGCCAGGAGGAGGUUGUGGAGGCGGAGCAGGAGGAGGAGGAUGUUCUGCAAGCGGAGGAGGUCGAAGACUUUGGGGACUUUUUCCGCGAAUGUGGCGAGUUUCGCAUUCCAGCGACUGUCCUGGCAGCCCGCCGUGCUGCCAAUGAAGCCUACUGGGCCUUCGACCGCGCUAUGCAAGACGCGGAGAACAAGGUUGGCCUGGCCAUCCAGCACUCUGUGCUGCGCGGUGCAUAG